CGAUUGGAUGUGUUCUUGUGGUCGGUGCGUGCGUCUCCUGUGUGAUGUGAAAUCAAUCUGUUGUCUAUCCACUGCGAAAAGUGAAUUUGUUCUGUGAAAGUGCUUGCAGUGAUGCAGUGACGACUGGUGAGAUAGAUUCUCAUUGGAUAACACUGCUGGACAGCGGCGAGAGUCUGCAGAGGAGCGAAAAGACACCCUUGUCAAUAUGGCUGGUCCUAUUUUUGAGGGUCGAAUGGGUUCGACACCGGAUAAAGGAGUUCCUGAUAUGACAUGCAUAUCGGAUAUUGAUGAGAAUGGCAUCAAUCGCAACCUCAAGAUACGAUAUCAACGCGAUGAGAUCUAUACCUACACUGGAACAAUUCUUGUUGCUGUCAAUCCCUACAAGGAAAUCGACUGUUACUCCACGAAGUAUGUGAUGAAAUACCAUGGGCAGAAGUUGGGCGUCUUGGAGCCACACAUUUUUGCCAUUGCCGAGGCGGCGUAUCGCAAUCUCAAGGAGUACGAUAGGAAUCAGUCUUGUGUCAUAUCGGGUGAAUCGGGCGCUGGCAAGACCGAGACGACGAAAUUUGUUCUUCAAUACCUCUGUUCUGUCACCUGCGAUGUAUCAACAUGGGUACAGCAGCAAAUCCUCGAGGCGAACACCAUUCUUGAGGCGUUUGGUAAUGCAAAGACCAUUAGGAAUGACAACAGCUCGAGAUUUGGCAAAUUCAUGCAAGUCUGCUUUGAUGCAAAGUGGUGUAUUAAGGGAUGUAUAAUUCAGGAUUAUCUUUUGGAACAAUCUCGCAUAACAUUUCAAAGUCCUGACGAGAGAAACUACCAUGUUCUCUAUCAACUUGUUGCUGAGGGCAAGAAUAAUAAGGAGCUGUCCGGUGUACUUCAUCUACGUGAUCCUUCCUUCUAUCGCUACUUGAAUGCAUCUGGUAAUGUACAAAUCGAUAUUCCACUGGAGUCUCGACGCUUCGAAGCCCUGAGACUCGCAUUCACAGUGCUGCAAAUACCACAGCCCAUGGUUGAUGGUAUCUUCCGUGUACUUAGUGCCAUUUUAUGGUUGGGGAAUCUCAACUUUGAGGAUGUCGAUGGGGAGAGGUGCGAAUUGGCGGCGGAGGACAAGCAAAUAAUUGCCAUUGUGGCUGAACUCAUGGGCCUGCAAGAGACUGAUGUGCGACAUGUCGCCCUUAUGCGACAAAUUAAUGUUCGCGGAAAUAUUACGGAGAUCCCAUUAAAAGUUCAAGAGGCACGUGAAAAUCGCCAUGCCAUGGCCAAGGCGCUGUACUCGAGGACGUUUGCAUGGCUCAUUAAUCAUAUAAAUACAUGCAUCAAUCCUGGCCAGGAUGCCACGAGAUUUCUCGGGGUGUUGGACAUUUUUGGCUUUGAGAACUUCGAUGUGAACUCCUUCGAGCAACUCUGCAUCAAUUACACUAAUGAGAAACUCCAUAAAUUCUUCAAUCACUACGUCUUCGCGCUUGAACAAGAAAUUUACAAACAAGAGGAGAUAAAAUUCUCACACAUUCAAUUCACCGACAAUACACAGUGUCUGGAGUUGAUUGAGAAACCACCACGAUGUAUUCUGAAAUUGCUCACGGAGCAAUGUCACAUGCCAAAGGGUUCAGAUACGGCCUAUUUAACAAAUUUGCAUGCAGAAUUCGACGGACAUGCGAGAUAUGUGAAGGGAGCGGAUCGUCGACACUGGGAAUCGGAGUUCGGCAUAAAGCACUAUGCGGGCUGUGUGAGCUACACCGUGAAGGGUUUUGUGGAUAAGAAUCGCGAUGUGCAGCAAGACGUGCUGUUUGACUUCAUGAGCCGCAGCACAAAUUCAUUUGUGCAGGAAAUGGUGUCCUUUCAGGAUCUCCUCUCGAUGCAAUCCCAGCCGCCACCGCCACCGCCACCAAUUCCGGGCAGUGCUGUGCAGAAUGGACCACCUAAUGGUGUGGGAACGGUGCAGAGAGGCACGUCCAAGGGGAAGCUCACGGUGAGCGAUACUUUCCGGCAGCAGUUGCAGGCUCUCGUAGAUGUGCUGCAGAGCACGAAUCCGUGGUAUGUGCGGUGCAUCAAGCCAAACAUGCAGAAGUUGGCGAAUGACUACAGUGACGAAAUGGUGCUGGAUCAGCUCAAGUAUCUCGGCAUGCUGGACAUCAUUCGGAUCAGGCGCGAGGGCUUUCCCAUUCACAUGACGUUCGAUGAGUUUGUCCACAAGUAUCAGUGUCUGACGAAGCGCUUCGGGCGACGGAGCAGCCAAGAGCAGGUGUUGUCUGUGAUAAAGGAGCUCAAUGUGCCAUCGACAGAGUGGCAAUUGGGCAAGACGAAGAUCUUCCUCAGGGGUCUGGUGCAUGAGCCACUCGAGGAUGCUCGCAAGCAGGUGAUCAACGGCAAGGCGGUGAUCAUUCAGACGGCGUGGCGCCGCGUGAUGGCCAGGAGGAAGUAUGUGCGCGUGAGGAGUGCAGCUCUGAGGAUUCAGCACGCCUACAAGGGCUGGAAGUCGCGCAUUGAGUUCCUGCGAUUGCGACGGGCGGCGAUUGUGAUUCAGAGCCACUUGCGUGGGGUGUUUGCACGUGAGGUGGCGGCGGCCCUGCGUGAGAUGAGGCGCGUGGAGGAGGAGAUGCGAAAGCGGGAGCGUCUCGAGGCGGAACGGAAGCAGAGGGAGGCUGAACUGUCGGCACAGCAGGCCGAAGAGGAGCGUCGAGCGCUGGAGGAGUGUGAAAAAGCUGUUAAGCAGGAGAUGUUGGCACUGUCGCAGAUGGCUGAACAAAUUAACUCGAAAUUCAAUCAUAACAACGCCGAUACCGGACAAAUCAACGGAAGUUACCAGUCGUCGAGCAAUCAGAGCAGCGAAUCCGUGGAUCUGGACAAUCUGUUUGCCUUCCUCAGUGAGGUGACGCCCAAUUCCAAUGUCAAUGCUCUGAUUGAUGAGAUUGGAGAGAAGAUGGACAAUCUCGUGGAGGAUCUCGAUGUGGAGCUGGAGUCGGUGAUUCAGCAGGAGAUGGAAGGAUUGGCGCUGGAGAGGCCACAACCGCAGCAACAGAUGCCUCCGCCUCUGGGAAUGCCGGCGCCUCCAGGGCAGCAAGCGAGUGCUAAGGGAAUGGGAGUUCCUUCCUUGCCCGAACCGACAAUGCCUCCACCUCCGCCGCCAAUGACCAACGGCCCAGCUCAACCGCCGCCGGCUCAUGUGCCGAAGAUCGCGGGAAUCUUAAGGAAUCGCGGCUCAGAGCCCAUCUAUGAGGCUCUAAUCACCCGAGAGGAGUUGCCCACGGUGCCAGAAUUGCCUGAACCUCCAGCCAACUUCGCUGAGAACACCAAUCACAAGUUGCGACCAAAGAGUCCUGCCAUCGCCACUGUUCGCUCUGCGAGUCCCGUGCAGCGAUCCUCGAGUGGGCCGCUGAGUCCAUCGUCGCCGAAACACAGUCGUCCCAGUUCCAGGGCCUCCUCCACGGGCGGCAGUGGGCAUCCGCAUGCGGAGCGAGAGCAGAGGAGGAAGUAUCGCGUGGAGAAGAAGCUGCAGGAGAUGCACCAGAUCGAUGCCAGCGAGAGGGAGCGUGACGCCCUCAGGGAUGACAUGUACUAUGACAUUCUGGAGUUUGCUGAGAGCAACUUCAACACCCACGAGCGAUCGCCCGAGGGCACUAUAAUGGCCACGCUGACACGCAAGGGACGCGGCAAGUCAGCGGAAAAUGUGGUGCCGAAGUACGAGAUGAUCACGUACUAUCGCGGCACCUCAAUUCCCACUUCGCACAUCCACAUGUACGAUCCGGAGAAUGUCAGUGUGGCGUGCACGAUUUUCCGGGAUCUGUGCAAGUACACGCGCGGAGAGUUGAAUGCCGAGCGGGAGCUGCAGGUGAUUCAGUUCAUCAUUGGACAGGGGAUUGAGCGUGAAGAGCUGCGAGAUGAGAUAUUCGUGCAAUGUAUGAGACAGGCAACAAAUAAUCCUCAUUCUGAAUGGACUGAUCGUGUCUGGCUUCUCAUGUGCCUCACAAUUGUGGCUUUUCAGCCAAGCAAAUUACUCUUUAGGUACUACGUGAGCUUCCUGAAGAAGAAUCUCGAGACACUGGAUGGGAAGCUGCGGCAGUAUGUCCAGUGGUGUCUGGAUAAUUGCAAAUACACUAAAGUGUCGGCAAGAUUGUAUCCACCAUCGAGUGUGGAGGUUGCUGCAAUGCGUCGGCUGGGAACAAUCGUAUGUCGCUUUUUCUUCUUGGACGGCCGCACAAAGGCCAUUGAUGUACAUCCGACGGACACAGCGAGCGAUGCCGUGGCGAAGUUAGCAGAAAAGCUGGGACUCUGCAAUACAGAAGGCUGGGCCAUAUAUCAAUCACGUCCCGAUGGGGAGGAACAUGUCAAGUCUCAUGACUAUCUCUAUGACAUUAUUGCAGCGUGGGAAGUGAAGCAGACAAAGAUCAACACAACCAACUCCACAUUGAGAAGGAAUGCUGCCACUCUCGGUUCUGGUGAGAAUCGAUUUGUCUUCAAGAAGCGCCUCUUCAAGUCCACCCGGGAAUUGUCUCAGGAUCCAAUUGAGGUCAAUAUGCUGUACGCUCAGGCGGUCUACAGUGUGGUGAAGUGUGAUGACUUCCCAGUGAGUGAGAAAGUGGCUCUGCAGUUGGCAGGAUUGCAGGCUCAAGUGGCACUUGGAGAUCCCUCUAGUCAACCCAAACCGGAGUAUUACACUGAUGUGGCGAGUUACUUGCCCGACAGGAUCUCAAAGACGCGAGAGGAGCACUUCUGGGUGCCAAUUCUGGCUCAGGCGCAUCGUCAAUACGGAGCUGGAAGGACAGAACUUACGGCGAAGGUUCUAUAUCUCUCCUGUGUGAUGCAAUAUCCGCUCUACGGCACUACAAUGUUCCCUGUGACUUAUCGCGGCUACUGGAGUUAUGGCAACAAUCUCAUCCUGGGUGUGAAUUGCGAGGGAUUGAUUCUGAUCAAGCCAGAUGACAAGUUUGUCCUGUAUGAAUUCCGCUAUCAUGAUGUGGAGUCACUGAUGCUGGAUCCUAGUGACUCCUUCAUCACGAUUUCUCUGAAUCGCCUGACAAAUGGCUCAACGGAUCAGCAGCGGUGCUUUGUCUUUGAGACGGUGCAGAAGAAUGAGAUUGGCUCGCUGAUUGUGUCAUACUUUCCCGCACUCUCAAAUUGGAUCACAGAGAAUGAGGUGCCGGUGAGGAAGCAGAAAGGCAUCACGAAUGAGGAUAGAGUGAGAUUGCACCACAAUGUUGUGGUGUGUCGACGUCACUUGGUGGAUGCGGAGAUUCUGCGGAAGCCUCAGGACUCGAGUGGGGGAUUUCUCAGGAACACACUGAGGCGCUUGUCGAAGCAUCGACUGGAGAAGCUGAGGGCUGAGCAUGGGAAUGCAAUGCAAGAUCAUGGGGAGACUUACAAGGGAUUUCCUCACGCCUUCUGGGCUUUUAGCAGGCAACAAUUGCCGCAGAGUUUGAGCAAACUGCCCGAUGCCGAGGAGCAGACGAUGAUGCAAAUCUUCCAGGCGAUUCUCACGUAUGCUGGACUGGGACAGAGUGGAGAGACAAUUCAGCGGGCAGAGGAUGAGCACAUCACACUGAUUCAGUCCAUCAUGGAGAGAUGCAUGCGGAAGGAGUCGCUUCUCAAUGAAAUGUACUUGCAACUCGUGAAGCAGACAACGGAUCAUCCGGAUCCCAAUUCACGGGUUAAUCUGAGACAUUGGGCUCUUCUCUCGCUGGCCUGCAGUGUCAUCUUGCCACCGCAGAAGGUUGUUCGCAAGUACUUGAUUGGCCAUCUGAAGCGCUGCUCCUCGGAUUACAUCACGGAGGAGGGGAAGUAUGCACGCUUCGCCGAGAAGUGUUUCUUCAAAACGCAGGGCACAAGGAGACGACAAUGGCCACCGAGUCGCGAGGAGAUUGUUUGCACCAUCAAUCGACGUCCGAUCUAUGCGAGGUUUCACUUCAUGGACGGCCAGUAUCACUCGGUGGAGUUUCAUCCGAGCUCAACAGCGCGAGAGGUGAUGGAGAUAGUGAAGAAGAAGAUUGGUCUGCAGGAGAAAGCUCAAGGGUAUGCCAUCUAUGAGGUGCUGGGUGCUUCAGACAGGAGUCUCCUGCCGGAUGAGAAGGUGUCUGAUGUGAUGUCCAAGUGGGAGAAGUAUCGAACAGCCGCUGCUCAGGCGAUUCAGCAGAAUCAAUCGUCAAAUCUGGCGCCAGCUUGUCGGCGCCAACAUCAUCUGUUCCUCUUCAAGAAACACCUCUUCCUCGAUCACUACAUGAAUCUCGAGGAUCCGGUGGAGAAGGAGUUGCUCUAUCAUCAAGUUCUUCAUGGAUUGCGCACUGAUCGGUUCCCCAUUUCCGAAAUGGAAGCUAUCAUGCUGACUGCGCUGCAGGCUCAGCUGGAGCUCAGGGACUGUGGCGAAAUGCUAAACGACUACCGUGCCAUAGCUGGACACUGCCUCCCGCCGCGUUAUGUGCCGAAUAUACCACACGAAGCCGUGGCGAUGCACCAUCAGAGUCUCAAGGGAAUGACCCAACCGGAGGCGAAGAAGGCCUUCCUCAAUCUCAUCCAGAGCUGGCCACUUCACAAGGCGACGAUUUUCGACGUGAUGCAAUCAUUCACCUCCAAUUGGCCUCGAGUUCUCUGGCUGGCAGUCGAUCAGAAUGGGAUUCACUUGUUGGAGCAUCGCUCACGCAAUACUCUCUGUACUUAUGAAUACACAUCGAUACUGUCGUACUCACCGAACAUGAAUUGUCUGAUGAUCAUCACUGGAUCGGACAAGAAACAAUCGAAAGUCAUCCUCACAACCGCACAGGCCUUCCAGAUCGCCAAUCUCAUCAGGGAGUACACGGAAGUGCUGCAGGCGACCAUGGAGGAGGCGAUUAAGGAUGGCGGCCACGUGAUUCAGCCCAUGAAUCUCCAUCCGCAGCAGAUAGCGCCGAAAGGGGCGCCGGAUGUGCGAAAGACAGCGGCUGGAACGCGUCCACAGUCGAUGUUGUUGCGAAACUCCGCGGCUGCGGCCACUCUUGUGGCACCACAGCCCAGUUAAAUGCAAGAUUAACACAAAUAUUGACAGUAAUGCUGCUAAAUUAAUCUCCAUUUUAUAGAUAGAAAUGUUUGUUAAUCGACUGUCUCCCAAUCGAUUCUUCUGUAUCGCGCGUCCUCGCAAAGCGACGAGGAGGAGAGAACAUUAUUACAGGUUGAUAGUUGUUAAAAAGGAACAGGUCUCUUCUCGAUUUACCAAUUCAUAAUAUCGUUGCACAAUAAGUUUAUAAUAAUACGAAAAGAAAACAACAUCAAUGAAUAGUAAUUCCAUUUUUAUACUCUUUCUCACUCAUUUUCCAUACCAGUGAACAAAAAAAAAGAAUGGAACCGAUGAAGAUUUUUUACAACGCAAAAAGUGUUGGUUUUUCGCAUCAUUUUUCUAUACGUAACAAUAAUAAUAAUAUUCCUCAGAGGAUUUUGUGGCUUUUCAAUUGAUAUUUUGAGGAUUUUUACAGAUUUUCCGCAAAUGUUCAACUCCAAUGCAAGAAGAAAAAAGUACUCUAAAGUCUAAGAUGAUAAAAGUAGUGAAAGCAUAAGAAUAUAUUUGUUAUUAUGCCGUUCUAUUGCGGUUAUGCGUUGCUAAGUCAGAUAAAUCUCUAAAAGUACAGCAAAUUCUCCAUAAUUUUAUGUACAUAACAUCCAAGUUAUUGGGCGACAUUUGCGUUGAUAUAUUUGCAAGAAGAAAAAGAAAAAAAGUACGAUAUUUAGUGGAACAAUCAAAUAUUGAAUCACUUUCUCUAUUAAUCAACACACCAAGAAAAAAAAUGAGCAAUUGUAUCAACAUUAAUGGAUAAAAAUUAAUGGACACAUGAAAAGGAAAGGUAUUAAACUAUUCGCAAAGUAUUUUAUGACACAGAGAAAA